UCUCCUUGCUCCAUCGAUCGGGUCUCCACUCUGGCGAUUCCAUCAGGAAGUAACAGCAGCGAGAAGGAAGAGAUAGCUAAAAGGGAGAAGCGGGCUCCAUUCUUCUGCGUUGGAUCCGAGACCGCGCCUUCGUUUGCAAGAAUCACUUCUCCGGUCUUCCCCCAAAUGGUCCGCCUUGGAGUUCCAGGGGUCGACAGUUUGGGCUACCAGAACUUGAUGGUCAAUGAAUUUCUAGACUGCUUUAAUAGAGACGAUCUUACUCCAGAAGAUUUGAGCAUCUAUGAAUUCAAAGUGGAUGGGAUUCCACAGCCUUUAACCUGCCCGUACUGCAACGCGCCCCAUGAUCUUGGUUCCCUGUGCUCUCACCUUGCCCAGAAGCAUUUUUUCGAAUCUAGACCUGCUGUUUGUCCUGGCUGCGAUUCGAAUCAAACACAAACACAAAUGCUUUAUCACAUUGUAGAAGCUCACCGAUCCAUGUUGAGGAUAUCCUUUUUUUCAUGGCAUAAGUCAGCCAACUUUUGAACUAUGAUGUUUAUCCAAUUUGGAUCAGGAAUCAUGUCAAAAUUUGAAAAGGAGAUAAAUUCUUGGGCUA